AUGGGCCCACCGCUUGACGAUGUUGUGGCUGGCAUGCCUAGCGCGCUUAUACACGCGCAGAAACCUCUUCCGCCCAGUCUCCUGGACGAUGAGGCUCGAUUCGAAAUUACUAGCCACCCUCCUCUAACCCAGGUGACCAAGACUCCUGCGACUCCCGGACAGGUGGAUUUCGUGGUUGGGUUGCAGGUGCAUCAGAGCAGAGCCCACGAUAAGUGGCAGGUUGCCGUCUCGACUUCGGCUCUGCAUUCUUCGGCAUGGACCGACUUUGUUCUAGCCUCGAAUAGUGCAGAGGAUGCGCCCAUCUACUUGCAGGCUUCACAUGACAAGUCGGUUCUCAAGCUGCAUUUCACUGCCUCUAUACCAGUCGAGUCUGCCAUACGUUUCACGCUCAAGUUCCGCGAAUCUCCCGACAAGCCAUGGCGACUCGUCCGGGAUGAGCUGCAGUUGGACGAUGGCAUCAUCGUGCCAGACCAUCCUGACAGCCUACCCGAUGACAUUCACGAUGUUAUCGAAUGCCUGAGCCGCCAUGUGACCAUCAGGCAGGCGGUGAGCCAGUCUCCAGCAACCUGCUUGUGGCAGUUGGAUGCUCCCAUCGCAGGUGUUGGAAAAAAUGACCAAUCUGCCUUUUCCGAAGUAGAAUUGGGUCUGCCGUGGGGAAGGCACUUGCUGAGAUGGUUCGCCCUCGCCCGCACCUGGGCGCCGUGGAUCGGGCCGUGCCAUGGGAAGACCAGAUUCGAUCUUGACAAGGAUUCCGUCCUGUGCUCAUUCCUGAAUGAUCAGGGCAAGCACUGCGUCCUUCUAGCUGUGACGGGCACCGAUCACGUCCUCACAGGGCUGCGCAGCAAUGAUGCUGGGAAAGUGGUCCUCCGUAUGCGUAGUGACAAUGUUGCGGAAACCACUGCCAAAGUCAUUGUAGCAGUUGGAGAGACGUUCGAUAAUGCCAGUGCCGCAUGCGUCUAUCAUGCACGAGGGCUGCUACAACUAGAUGAGCAACAGAAAAGCAGUCCAGAAGGACCAAAGCAAAUCGAGAACUUGGCUGCGGAAGUGCAGCCUGAAUGGAUGGAAAACUGGUAUGACGGGCUUGGCUAUUGUACCUGGAACGCCCUGGGACAGCGUCUAAGUGAGGAAAAGGUACUCGACGCUCUCAACACCCUUGCCGAUAACGAAAUUAUGAUCACCAACCUGAUUAUCGACGACAACUGGCAAGACAUCUCUCGCACCGGAGACGGUCAAUUCCAGUACGGGUGGAACGGUUUUGAGGCCGAGCCAGAUGCAUUCCCUUACGGACUCAAGGCAACGGUCUCGUCGAUAAGAGCAAAGCACAAGCACGUCCAACAUGUGGCGGUCUGGCACGCGUUGCUGGGCUACUGGGGUGGCAUUACCCCCGGGGGACCCAUCGCGAACUCGUACAAGACCAUAGAGGUCGUGCGAGAGGAAGCAAAGCGCCGCGGGUUUCCCCUAGGUGGCCCCAUGACGGUGGUGGCCAAGGAGGACGUCAACCGCUUCUACGACGACUUUUACCGCUUUCUGGCGUCGAGCGGUGUUGACGGCGUCAAGACGGACGCACAAUUUGUAAUCGACAUGUGGACGGGAGCGAGCGCACGUCGUGAGCUGUCAAACGCGUACCUGGACGCCUGGACCAUCGCUUCGCUGCGCCACUUCAGCAACAGGGCCAUUUCGUGCAUGUCCAUGACGCCGCACAUCAUGUUCCACUCCCAGCUGCCCCGGAAGAGACCGGCCAUCCCGCUGCGCAAUUCUGAUGACUUCACCCCAGCCAUCCCUGCGUCGCACCCAUGGCACGUCUGGACCAAUGCCCAUAACGGCCUGCUCACACAGUACUUCAACAUCGUGCCGGACUGGGACAUGUUCCAGACCUCGCACGACUACUCGGGCUUUCACGCCGCGGCGAGGUGCGUCAGCGGCGGUCCCAUCUACAUAACCGACGUCCCGGGCGAGCACGACAAGGCUCUAAUUUCCGAGAUGACGGGAACGACGCCUCGAGGCAAGACGGUCAUUUUCAGGACCAGCGCUCACGGCAAGAGCAUCGAUCAGUACGUCGGCUAUACGGACGACGCCCUCCUCAAGGUCGGCACCUACCAUGGCGGCGCCAACUCGGGCACCUCGAUGCUCGGCGUCUUCAACGUCGCUCUGCGUCCGCUCACCGACAUGAUACCCCUGGACAGGUUCCCCGGCACAAGGCCGCAGAUAACUUAUGUUGUGAGAUCGCACCGCAGCGGACGCGUGUCUCCGCCGAUCCAGCCCGGAACUCGAGAGUCUGUGCUUGCAGUCAGCCUUGAGGUCAGGGGCUAUGACAUCCUUUCGGCCUUUCCCCUGUCGCGCUUCACGUCACGCUCAGGAGUCGAUGUGCAGGUUGCCAACCUCGGCCUGCUGGGCAAAAUGGCUGGGGCUGCGGCCGUGGUCUCGAGCGAUGUACAACAGGCUGAGGGUAGCGGACGCGUUCUUGUUCAUACACGAGUGAAAGCUCUGGGGGUGCUGGGUAUCUACGUAUCUCAUCUCCCAAGCAUGAGCAUCACCCGCGACAUGUUCGCUACGCUCCAUGGCUCGGCCAUGCCCGAGGAGACCGUGUCUGUUUCUAGCCAAGAUGAUCGCGUGUUGGCUGUAGACCUUGAGGCGGCUUGGAAAAGCAUGGGACUGAAAGCUGGAUACAGCAAUGAGGUCGAGCUCAAGUUUUAUAUUGGCCUGGGCAAUAUUGACUCUGAGUCUAUUUGA